AUCUCCCCACACCCAGUCUUAGCACUCUAGUUCACCACCUAGUUCACCACUUCUUCAGCCUUCAUCUCCACUCCACCGUACAACUAUGUUUUCUGCAACGCGUUCUCUUGUGCCGCGAUCGGCAAGAAUUCUACCAGCGACAUCCCUCACCACCCGGUCGCUAUCCACUCCAACAUCUCUCGCCCCACGCGAUUCAUCCUCCAUCGAUCGCUCGAAUAGACGGGAGGUCCUCCUUCCUAGUCAGGUGCCCAAAAAGGGUGUCAUGCAAUACGUCUUGACAUCCCUCGACCAAGUCGCGAACUGGGCCCGCCAGGGCUCCCUCUGGCCCAUGACCUUUGGGCUCGCCUGUUGUGCUGUGGAAAUGAUGCAUUUGUCAACACCCCGCUACGACCAGGAUCGUCUUGGGAUUAUCUUCCGCGCCUCCCCCCGCCAAUCCGACGUUAUGAUCGUUGCGGGCACGUUGACGAACAAGAUGGCACCAGCGCUGCGUCAGGUGUACGACCAGAUGCCCGAGCCCCGUUGGGUCGUUAGUAUGGGUAGCUGCGCCAAUGGAGGUGGAUACUAUCAUUACAGCUACUCGGUCGUGCGGGGGUGUGAUAGGAUUGUGCCGGUUGAUGUUUAUGUCCCCGGAUGUCCGCCGACUAGUGAGGCUUUGAUGUAUGGGAUUCUACAGCUACAGAAGAAGAUGAGAAAUACUAAGAUUACCAGGAUCUGGUACCGUAAGUAGAUAGUAUCCAACCUCGUGUUGGUGGAAGGAAGGGACAGUUUUUGGCCGCCGCUUAGUGAAGUGAGAGCCGAUGUGUACACUGCAACAUCAAGGGUUGCAUUUUUUUUCUUUCUCUCAUUUCGCUGGUUCAAAUACAGGAUUCCCUUUCUCUUUUACUCGGGGGUUGUGAUACCAGCGUAGAAUUUUGUUCGCGCCGAAAAUAAACAUUCGGUGGUUGUGCUAAGGGGUUGCAAUGACAACCCAAGCGUCAUUGAUGUACAGUACUGUACGGGAAGCUGCCCCCCCGACUCCUGAGAAGACCCUGAAAAGACCGCGUGAAAUCGUGGUUUGGAGGACACAUAGAUAAUAUUACUCUGGAGGGGAUAAUGAAAGCAAUGCUCAUAGGCAUUAUCCCCCUGGUUAUGCUCUAGAAUUGUUUGGGGGGAUUCGAUCAGGGGUUCACAACGCAGAGUUAGGGAUUGCUGUCUCUUUGGCAAUUGUCUGCUGUGGCGACAGAUAGGGAUUUCGCAGCCAUAUUUGUU